AUGUCAGAACCUAAACAGAGUAUCAACGUUGGGUAUAUGAUAGACAAAGGCAAGAAUCAGUUGAAACUCUCAGAGAAUGGGUGCUCCAAGAAGCAGAGUUUCAAACUAUUGCAGCUGAGACCAUUCGUGGUGUCUGUGAUAAAUAUCCUCAUAGGCAUGGACAAUGCAGAUCUUCAUUAUUCCUACUCAGAUGUAGGUGGAAAUCCAGGUGAACCUCUAGCAAGGUUAACUCCUCUAGGCUGGACCUGUAUUGGAAAUAUUGCAGGGACAGGCUCUGACAUUCAGUCUCACUUUACCAGUACUUUCUUUUCUGGUUCCAAUGCUGAUAACCAAGAGUUGAAUAUGUUGUUGCAAAAGUUUUGGGAAAUUGAGCGAUUCCAGUCGAAAGAAAAUGAAAAUAUGAGCCCUGAAGACAAGAAUGUGCACAAUAGGGUGAAAGAUACAUUGGUGUAUGAGGAUGGUCACUAUCAAAUUGGCAUACCAUGGAAGAAAGAGGUACAUGCUUUACCAUCUGAUAACUAUCAGAUGGCUCUCAGUCGUCUUGAGAGCACAGAAAAGAAAUUAGCAAAGGAUGAGACAAUAGCUCAAGCAUAUGAUGAUAUCAUCUCACAGUAUCACAAAAAAGGGUAUAUAAGAAAAGUAUCUCCCGAAGAAAAGACACAUACUGGAAAGUGGUAUCUGCCUCAUUUUCCGGUUGUACGUUUAGAUCGUCUCACAACAAAAGUGAGGAUUGUAUUUGAUGCUUCGGCCAAGUACAAGGGUAUUUCUCUUAAUGAAGUUAUCCAUCAAGGCCCAAAGCUACAGAGGGAACUUUUUGAUGUCUUGUUGAGAUUUAGACGCAAUCCAGUUGCAGUGAUGAGCGAUAUAGCAGAGAUGUACCUUCAGGUCAAAUUAUCUCCAGAUGAUAGGCCCUAUCAUAGGUUCCUUUGGAGAUCCAUGAAACGAGAUGAGCAGGCCAUAGAGUAUGAGUUCAGUAGAGUUGUAUUUGGGGUGAAUGCAUCUCCUUUUUUAGCUCAGUUUGUGAGUCAGGAAAAUGCCAAUAAACAUCAGGGUGAUCUUCCGUUAGCUGCAGAAACUGUGAAAAAAGCUACAUAUAUGGAUGAUAGCAUGGACUCUGUGGAGGAUGAGAAAACAGCCAUUGAGUUGUACAGACAGUUGAUCGAGCUUUGGAAUAGAGCUGGAAUGCGUCCUCGGAAGUGGCUUUCAAAUUCUCACGAGGUUCUCAGUCAGAUACCUGUUGAAGAACGAUUAUCAGAAGUUAAGUUAGACAGUGGUUACUUACCCUCGACAAAGACCCUCGGCCUCAUGUGGGUAGCUGAAAGAGAUGUCUUUACAUUCACUUCCAACUUACCUGAAAUGAACAACACAAUCUCAAAAAAAGAAUCUUCCUUCGUCAAAUAG